GGAGCUGGGGGCGGGGCCGGGCUGGCGGUCAGUCAGCUGACUAGCCCGAGGCGGCAGCGGGGAGGAGGAAGAGGAGGAGGCGCCGGCGUUUGGGCUCUGGGGCCCGGGCAGGGAGCGGGUGACGCGGCCAUGGCGACCACUGUCAGCACCCAACGGGGCCCGGUUUACAUCGGUGAGCUGCCCCAAGACUUUCUGCGCAUCACCCCCACACAGCAGCAGCAGCAGAUCCAGCUGGAUGCCCAGGCAGCGCAGCAGCUGCAGUACGGUGGAGCCCUGAACACCGUGGGCCGACUCAGCAUCACCGUGGUGCAGGCAAAGUUGGCGAAGAACUAUGGCGUGACCCGAAUGGAUCCUUACUGUCGCAUCCGGCUGGGCUACGCCGUCUAUGAAACAGCCACUGCCCACAAUGGCGCCAAGAACCCUCGAUGGAAUAAAGUGAUUCAGUGCACGGUGCCCCCUGGCGUCGACUCUUUUUACCUGGAGAUCUUUGAUGAGCGAGCCUUCUCCAUGGACGACCGCAUCGCUUGGACUCACAUUACAAUUCCCGAAUCUCUCAAGCAAGGGAAGGUGGAGGAUGAAUGGUACAGCUUAAGUGGAAGACAGGGCGAUGACAAAGAAGGAAUGAUUAACUUGGUCAUGUCCUACACG